AUGACCACAAAACUUGACCAUUCUUCUGCGGAGCAUCGCCAAGCAAAAUCCACAGCGCCAUCGUCUUUGACCCCCAAGAUCUCAAUGUUUGGGGCAAAAGCUGGAUUCGUUAUACCUAAGAACAAGCUAGCCGGCUCACUCGUAAUCCGGAGCACCAGUGCUAAGAAUGAAACGCCAGCUGCAUCCAGCGAAAAUAGCAGCAGACAUGUUCAGAGAAAGACAAAGUGGGCGCCUGACCUCGCUUUGGACCCCGUCGUGUGCAAAGGAAGGGCUUUGGCUUACCAGACUCGAGUGGAGCAAAUUACCAAGCAGCUGAAGUCUGGAACUUUGGAUACGUCCGAAAUUGAUGGUUCAGUGUCUGCUGGAAAUGAUUUGAAUUCUAUUGAUUCUGACAUCUUGAAAGAGAACGAGCUGGGAAAUGUUGAACUAUUAGAACUUGAAAGACGAGAGCUUAUUGGUGAAAUACUCCGUUUAAAUCCAGGAUAUAAGACGCCUGAGAACUACAAACCAGUGCUUAAGGAGUCAAAAGUCCCUCUUCCGGCAGAAGCACAUCCAGGACAUAAUAUUAUUGGAGUUCUUCUAGGACCUGAAAGCAAUACCCAGAAGCGACUGCAUGAAGAAACUGGAGCUGUCAUUCGAGUAUAUGGGACUAAGAAAAUCAAUGGAGAAAAGAGUGAGAUUCGUCAUCAAGACAUAAAUGAAGUACAAGAUGCUUAUGAAGACCUAUACAUCAAUGUAUCGGCUGACUCUUAUGAUAAAGUAGAUGCUGCAGUUGUGUUGAUUGAGCUGCUUCUUGCUCCUGUUUCUGUGAAGUCAACAGCUACUUCAACAACUACUGCUGUUCCUUCAGCAGUUACCUCCAAGGAUGCAGUUUCAGCAAAUGUGCAACUGGUGCAGAAUACCACUUCACAGCCAGAUUUACUUCAUUACCAAUCACACAAUGCUCCUUGGCUGCCCACACCCCAGACCAAUGCUCCAUCAAUACCUUCUACGGGGCCUGUUUUGAGUACAUUACCUAACAAUUCAUUGCAGCCACAACCGCCUGCUGGUUCUUUUAGUAUGCCUCCAUAUACAGGUCAACCUCCUCACAUGAAUAGCAUGCCAAGAAAUCCAUUUCCUGUUCCUGGGCCUCAGCAAUCAACACCAAGCAAUCAACAACAUCCACCUCAAUUUCGAGCUAAUAACUCCUCAAUUGGGCCUUCUUUUGGUCAACCGCCUGGUAUUGUAAGCCCACACAUGACACCAUCUUCCUCAAUGCCACCGCCAGUUAGACCUCUUCAAAUACCCCAUCCAUCUGGUGGUUGGCCACCUUUUUCUCCUGUUAUGCCGCAAUCUCAGAGGCCUCUGCAAGCUUCACCAACUUUUAUGGCAGUGAGACGACCUAUUUCUGUCUCUCCUGUCGGUGCAACUCCACCACAAGGUCCCAUUGCAUUGACACCAUCAAAUAUGCCCACCAUGUACCGCAGCCAGCAUCCACCAGUACCAAAUUUCACUGGUUCAGCACCAUUGGUUUCCAGGCCUCCUGGCGGAGCUCAGUCUUUUCCUACAGCUGCGCCUCAAGGUCCUUCCUCAGUAGCAUUUCCUGGUGGGGCAUCACCGCAGUCACCUUACCCUCCAACACCUGAUCAAAUGAGAGGGCCACCUCCAGCUUUCUCUCCAGUUGGAUCAACUCCUGGCAUGGUGCCUCCAUCAAUUGCAUCUUCCGGCGCGCCUGCCCCAGGUCCUGCAAACACAAGCGGCAGUCAGGCACAAAUAGCCCCUUUGAGACCUCCACUCCCAGUCACGGGCGAUUUUACUUUUCGGCCUGUCGUAUCACCAGUACCUACUCCAGACUUCGCAGCAUCAAACCAUCAAAUGGGAAGACAAGACAGAACUCACCCUGGACCAUUCUUCCAUCAUAGUAACCAGAACCCCAAUCAAGGUUUCCAAAGGCCUUUUGAUGGCAGGCCCAUGAAUAUGAUGGGUCAGGCUCAGAUGCAUCCUCCACCUCCACACUUCCAUGGAGCCUUCCCCAGGAAUCCAUCUCCUCUCGAGUUCACUGCGGGGUUCCGGGGGGUCUGGCCAGCAGUACAAGCACCUCAGAUGCCGGCGCCAUCAAAUCCGUCGAGUUUCCUGCCUUCCCGGCCAUUUCAGUUGAGGCCACCGCCACAACAGGAUAUGUCUGGUGCAGGUGGAAACAGGCCGGGUGGCAAUCAAAUCUACAACCCUUUUGCACCAACGGCAGCUCAGAGAACAGAGGCUGACCCUGAGUAUGAGGAUCUCAUGGCAUCAGUUGGCGUGAAGUAG